UGCUGGAGAAUCUGGUGUUCGAUAUAUAAACGCUGCAAGUGAGCCACAUAUCAUGGCGGACGAAAUCUUUUGCAGAUAUUGCAUCUGUGUGCCUCAAGAUCCUAUGUGUUGUCAGCGUCCCGAUCACUAAGGAUAAUGGCCCAACUGACGUCUCCAAUGCAAUUCUACGGGUCAGUCAUGUCUCAGCCUCGUUGAGUGUAAUAGUGUGAGCCUCCAACAGCGUGUCCAGACUCCAGAACAGGUCACCCCACCUUCCUGUUUUCAGCCGCUACUCAACGCCAAUAAUUAAGUAUAUUAUAACAUUACUCUCUUCCACAGGUGUAUUACCUCUCGUUCUGUCCCUAUCACUCGUAAAUAAUUCUGGUCGUAUCGCUUUCAUGGGAGAUUCCGCAUUAGCACGUCUUUGUUCUACAUGUCGAGCCCUCGAUAUUAGCCCGGCUAAAUUCUAUUCGCACAGCUCGAUUCCUUCCAAUAACACAGAAGGACACGCAGUCAGAAUUGGCUAUCUAGACGACUUGUUCAAGAGAAGACAUGACUGUACCUUUUGUGACCUGCUCUGCGAUGCGAUCUACACCCCUCAAAACGAGGAAAUCGUGUUUGAUGGGUUCGAUGUACAAGGCGAUCGAGUGAAUUGCUUUAUGGACUGGCCACAGAAAUCUCAACUUGAUCGGAACCGAAGGCUUCGAAUUUUCAGCGAUGAGUCUAUCUUCACACCAGCUUACAUAGCAUUGCUUAAUGAUCAUAACCCAAGCCGUACUCAAGCUUCUGCCUCAGUCGAUCUCGAUGAGGUUCGCUCAUGGAUACGAGAAUGUGAGCAUAGCCACGAUAAAAGCUGCCAGAUGUACUGUACGCGGGAUCGAUCCUUGCCUAAACUUCGUGUGAUCGACACGGAGUUACGUUGCCUUGUAGAAAAGCAGACUCCAUUGAAGUAUUGCGCCUUGAGUUACGUAUGGGGUAGCAACGGUUCGCAGCCAGCACCGUUGGUGUUGACGAAACAGAAUUUGGCUGCUCUAGAACAACCGGGAGCAUUCCUGGAUGAUCACCAAACCUUACCCAAAACGGUCCGAGACGCAGUUGAUAUAGCCUUUCGACUGGGAGUGCAGUAUCUAUGGGUAGAUUCUCUGUGCAUCCUUCAGGAUAGUCUAGAGGAUUUCCACAAGACUGCUCCAUUCAUGGACACCGUCUACGGACAAGCUGUUUUGACUAUUUGCGCGGCGAGUAGCGACUAUGCGAAUGCCGGUAUCUUCGGACCCGAUUCUAUGUCACGAGCAUUCAUUCGAACCUCUGGUUCGUAUGGCCCAUUAAGACUGGGUGUCAUGAAGACACUAAGAGACCAGAUAAUCUCCUCUCGCUGGAAUCACCGCGGAUGGACAUUCCAAGAGAAGGUCUUGUCUACCAGAGCCUUAGUCUUUGUAGACGAAGACGUGUUCUACGAAUGCGGACGUAGCAGAAAGAAGGUUGGAUCACGGCUCUCUGCAGAUGAAAUCCAGGCUUUGUCUACAAUGGGCUCACCGUCCUCGCUCUGUACUCCGCAACAGAAUCCAAUAGACCGACUGUCAAAACACGUGGAGAUUUAUAGUCAUAGAGAGUUGGCAUUCUCCCGGGACAGACUUUUAGCUUUUGAAGGAGUUCUCGGUGCACUAUCAAAUGCCGCGGAUUCUAGAAAGAGCGGAUUGAUCUUUUGCUAUGGACUGCCCAAGUCUCAUUUCGACUGGUCUCUACUUUGGGAACCGAAGGGGCUCUCACGGCGGCUCCCGUUGGAAGAGCGCGCAGGUAGCAUACUCCCAAGCUGGUCUUGGUGUGGGUGGAGUGGCGCCUCGUGGUGGAAUCCUGGGACGACCUUCCAGCCUCGCAGUGAUUUACACCAAUGGCUGGCACAAAACACAUGGGUUAUCUGGUGGAUUGGAGCAGACUCAUCACAUGAUCUUGUGUUGUCAACCGGUGAGGGAUCAAGUGAGGGUGGUGUUAGUCAAGACGAGGUUGACGGUACGAUCAAGUGGUAUGGAUAUCGACAAACGAACGUCGACAAUGUCGACUUCUUUGGCCGGACCUUGCGACGAGAAUGGCAAUUGAAUAACGAAGACUUUCCCAACUAUCCAACACACGAUCCAAUAGAGGGCUGUCUAAACUUUUGCACCUGGAGUGCUCAUUUCAGUCUUUCGCCGGGGUUGGGCUCGCGGGAGUCUGGUCCUUAUUGGAAUAGCCUAGCGCAGGUUGCGUUCAACGUAGCCCCAGGGGUAUACAAGCGUAGUCUGCUGGAUCGCUCGGGUCAAUGGUGUGGAGAAGUCAUCUUGAACGACAGUAAUUCGAACUACGAUUGCGAAGUCUUUGAGUUCUUGGCCAUAUCGGAUGCUCAAGCCGGGAUUCUCGGUAUCGCAUACUACGCGCUGAUGAUCUGUUGGAUCCAGCCAGAGACCUUGGCCGAGAGAGUGGGAUUGGCAAGAAUACAUACCGAUGCAUUCCAUAAAGGAUCGUUGGAGCCAGGGUUGCAAUGGAAAGAGAUCACGCUAGGAUAGCAAUAUCAUGCAGCUUGGGCUUGAUGCCUAUGUACUUUUUGGUUGAAGGUGCAGGCUGAGCCCUGGGCACCUUGUCAUGAUUCACUUCCAGUGGAUAGUCCAAUACACGGAGGACUUAUGCCUGCGAUAGUUCCAGAUCACUUUUGUUGUUGUGGUAAUCAUGUUCAACUUUGUUGUUGACAUAAUAUUGCAAUGGCCGGGGCAAGGGGCAAGGGACGCCCCAGCCGACGGACGUACGUAACAACGCUAGCGUCAACGCCUCUUCUGCCCUACGACCAGUGCACCAACCCAACGCCAGGACGAUGCCUGCGAAUGGGCAU